AUGCAACGAUCGUAUCGCCAUCUGUUCCAUCUAGAGCAGCUGAUCAUCAGCUUGGAGAAUGCCGAAAAUAAAUACGCCCAUGGCCACUACACUAUCAGCAAGGCAAUCUCCGACCUGGUCCUGAGCCGCAUCCGUAAGGUGCGCCCGCACUCUUCCACCCUCAACGAAUCCUCCCACCUGGAACGAACCCAAAAUCUGGACACAUCAACCCACGCCCACACCGGGGCAUCCCACUCCAGCCGCUUCCCCGUGCUGCAGCAGUUUCUGGCCGCCCUGUCGGAAAUUCACGACGAAAACCUGACGAAUCUGUCCGGCGGAGGCGGCCCCCUCCCGGUCGUGGACGAUCCCCGCUACAGCUCCCAGUUGAUGCAGGAAAUUGACCGCGUCAUUGGGCUCACAUCGGGCAACGUGGCCGGCUGGGGCGAAGCGACGCUCGAGGAUCGCCUCGGCAAGCUGGAGAUUAGCGUGGGCGUCAUGGUGGACCACUUCCGGCGGCUCGAGCAGCGCCAGAUGGGUGCGAAGGAGCAAGGCGUGGAAAAGGUCACGGAAAGGGUUGAGGAAGCCAAAGUGGAGGAGGUGAAGAAGCCUAGCAAGGAAAGUCUCAAAUCCGCCGACGGUAAAGGUAGCAAAACGAGCAAAAUUGAAGAUUUGAACGAAUAAAUUGAACGAUAAAUU